AUGAAUGUGAACAGCUAUCUGAUUGGCUGGGAUGAGUUCCGAAAGAACAAAUGGCUGAUUGGCUACACUGUGGUCAUCAGCAUCUCCGUGAUCGACUGGAUGUUGACAAUCGGCAUGUUCUGUGAUGAGAGACUCAGAGUGCGCCGACUAUUUCGUCCAUUUUUCCUGCUGCAGAAUUCGUCUCUGAUGAAGAAAACUCUCAAAUGUAUCAAGAGGACGCUGCCGGAAAUUGCCAGUGUGAUCCUGCUGCUGGCGCUGCACCUCUGCCUCUUCACAAUGAUUGGGAUGCUCCUUUUCGUUAAAACUGAGGAUCCUUCAAAAAACAGCGAAUGGGAGUCUCACUUCAGAGGAAUGUCCAACUCUUUGACGUCGCUGCUGGUUCUUCUGACCACAGCCAACAACCCCGAUGUCAUGAUUCCAGCCUACUCUCUGAAUCGAGGAUACUCAGUCUUCUUCAUGAUGUUCAGCAUUAUCGGGACCUACUGCCUGAUGAACUUGUUGACUGCCAUCAUCUACAACCAGUUCAGAGGAUAUUUACUGAUGUCGGUGCAGACGUCGAUCAUCAGGAGGAGACUUGGGAUCAGAGCUGCGUUUGAGGUUUUGAGCUGUGGACAAGAGGCGAGCUCUGCAGAUCUUGGUCCCUGUGUUCCUGUGGCCCCUGUGCUCAAAGUCAUGUCCAAGGUCAAACAUAAAGAAUACUACAGACACAACAUCAUAAAGGCCGCUCAGCGUCAUGAAACUCUAGACCGAGAUCAGUUCAGGCGGAUCUUUGAUGAGCUAGACAAAGACCGGAUCAAAGAGCACCCCCCUCUGCCGGAAUACCGCUCCCGUGUGUCUCAGAAGCUGCAAAGAGCCUUCAGUCACUUCAGUCUCACCAUCAUUGGGAACGUGGUGGCUCUGGCCAACGUCAUCUGCAUCUGUACGAUUUUGAUCCUAAACUCUGAAAAAUCCACGGCUGAGAGAGACAACUUCUACAUGGAGCUGAUCAACCUGGUCUUCAUCUUGUAUUAUCUGUUUGAAAUGUUUGCCAAACUGUUUGCAUUGGGAUGGAGAGGCUACGUGUCCUACAGGAACAACCUUUUCGACGGGUUUCUCACUGUUCUUCUGCUGGCUCUGCUCAUCACGAUGUACGUCUUCUAUAAAUCUCCAUUUUCUCACUGGGAUCCGGACAGCGACAAUAUAGUUUCUCUUUGGGAAAUAACUCGGAUGAUCAACAUGCUGAUUGUCUUCCGCUUCUUAAGGAUCAUCCCGAAUAUAAAGCUCAUGGCUCUUGUUGCCAGCACUCUCAUGGACUUGGUGAAGAACCUCAGAGCAUUUGCAGGGAUCCUCGUGGUGGUGUAUUAUAUGUUUGCUGUGGUUGGAAUCUGGCUUUUUGAAGGAUCCAUCAAACCCCCUCCCCCCUCAAGAGCGGCCCUAGUUCCUCCUUCGACAGACCUCGGUGAGAACUGGUCUGCAGGGGGGGGUUGUGUGGAGAGGUGUUGGCGCUCUUGGGAGAGCCGGCCUGGAGACCUCUGCAGUAAGGAUAGGCGCUCUUGGGAGAGGCGGCCUAGGCCCUUCUGCAGUCUGCUUUACCAUCCUGGGGAUCAGGCGCUCUUGGGAGAGGCUGCCUGCCCAGGUUUGUUCUGA